UCAUUAUCUGAGGACCGCAGCCUCCCUGGAGAGGAAACACUUUGGCAAACUGAGUGCAGACACUCUUUACUCCUACUGUGGUAGCCAGUAAGUUAGUGUAUGGAGACUAAUGACUUCUAGGAUGUUAAAUUAACUACAGAGAAACCUCUUGAUCCAGGUACAGCAGAUUUAAGAAGGAUCUUUUUUUCUUUUUCUUUUUUUUACCACUUUUUUUGUCCCUUUGACAAGCGCUCCCUCUCGCCAUGCUGCCGGCUCAGGAGGCGGCCAAAAUCUACCACACCAACUACGUGCGUAACGCCCGCGCCGUCGGCGUGCUGUGGACCGUCUUCACCAUCACCUUCGCGGUCAUUACCGUGGUGGUGUUCAUCCAGCCCUACUGGAUCGGGGACAGCGUCCACACACCACAGGCCGGCUACUUCGGCCUUUUCCACUACUGCAUCGGCAACGCGCUCACCUCGGAGCUCGUCUGCAAAGGGAGCCCGUUCGACUUCGGAUCCAUCCCAUCCGGCGCCUUCAAGACCGCCAUGUUCUUCGUUGGGGUCUCCAUGCUGCUGGUGGUGGCCAGCAUCGUUUCCUUCAGCCUCUUCUUCUUCUGCAACGCGGGGAGCGUCUACAAGAUCUGCGCCUGGAUGCAGCUGGCCUCCAGCACAUGCAUGGUGAUUGGCUGUCUGAUCUAUCCUGACGGUUGGGACUCGGAGCAGGUGAAGCGCAUGUGUGGCCAGCGGACGGAUAAAUACACCCUGGGCAACUGCACGGUGCGCUGGGCCUACAUCCUGGCUAUCAUCAGCAUCAUGGACUCGCUCAUCCUCUCCGUAGUGGCUUUCAGCCUGGGCAGCCGGCAGGACAAGCUGCUGCCUGAGGACUUUGAGGUGGAAUAGUAAGAGAACACCUAGGCCCCCUGAGGACAGCAGAGGAAAGAGAUGGCUGAGACUUGACAAGGAGUACCACCGACCAGAGGGAUUCAAAUGUAUUCGGAGGCUCCACGAUCGUUAAUUACAACCUAAAAAUAAGUUACAACAAGUUCAUCUCAUCCUUGAAAUUGUGACAGCUUAUUAACACCGUCCACCUCAGGCUUUACAGUCUUAAAUUAACUAUUUGCUACUGUAGUUUGGACAAAUACAAGUGAAGGAACUUUUUGUGGAUUUUUUUUAAAUUCAAAAUGACCAAUAUAGAGCAGCUCCUUUUUAGGUUGGUGAGACAACUGUCACGAAUGUUAAAUAGAUGGCAUUAAACAUGUAAAAUCAUCAUGUUUAUUGCAGUGUCGGGCAGUAUUGGAGUAUUUGGAGUUAUUGUUUGUGGAUAUGCUCAUAGCAGUCUAUCAAUCAAACUAAUCUUGGAUCAUGGAUGUUAGUGAAAAUAAAGUCUUUCUAUUAAACAACUGCUGUAUCUGCCUUCUAAUGUCCUAAUUAUGUAUAAUAAAUGAAUGCAGUGAUGAUUCAUCAGGUAAAUACAACCUAGUUAGAUUUUGAAAAAUGUUUAUUCUUAUUACCUACAGAAAAAUGAAAUGAACAAUCAAAUUAAGAGGGCAGACUUUGUAGAAAAACAAGCAAAAUGGUUCUGAAGGGAUUCAAAGCAUUGUAGCAUUUGUUUUUAGUACAAUCAGUUAUUUUCAAAUCAAACAUCUCCAUGUGCAGUGCACUCGAAACGAAGCAUUCAUUUUCAUACAUCUUGAAUUCAGCUGAACAAUCGUCGAGGCAUUUCCAAAAAGUAUAAAAACAAAAUGCUCAAACCUUUCAGCUCGCGCCUCUAAAUCUGCACUGCUGACAGUCUCAUCUAGAAACCGUACAAAGACAAAGAGACUAAAGGCCGACUCUUUGGUACACUGUACUGUACUCUGGAUGUGGAUUCACAUAUAGUUUGAUUUGACCUAAUGUGAGAAAUGAUACACAAAGUGAUCCAGGUAUGAAACACAAUUUUCACAAUAUAUUGUACCAAGUGCUUUUUUUUUUAAGACAACAUAAGAUGAUGCUGAAAUGAACACCACCUAACAACACUUGAAAAAAUCUGAGAUCACACAUUUUCCUGAAAAAUACAGUUUGAUUUCAAGAUGAGUCUCUUUCCUGACAUGGGGCACAAUUUUUAAAAUGUAUAUGAAAUGUAUGUUUCUGAUCAUGUAGUCCCGCCUGUAUACAAAUGUACAAAAGGUUUUAGGUUAAAGCUAACAGUGCUAAGAACGUUAUUAGUCUCUCACCAUGCCUGUUAGCAUUAUGCAGUGAUUAAUUCUGAGCACUUUGCACACAUUUGACAGCCAAAGGCAUAAAAGCUGGCACAGCUAAUAUGAUGACCGACAGACAGAUUUGGCUUAUUAAAUUCAGUAUGUGGCUUUGAUGGCAAUCUUUGUGUCCAUUUAACGUCCUGCUGCCCUUCUGCAUCUGUAGACAAGUGCAGCUUCAUUUUAAAUCCAACAGAGUCCAUUAUCUAGAGCUAAAAAUACAGAUAAGAGUGUGCUGUAGAGAAAGAGUUGGAGUCAGAAAAAAGAAGAGAAAGGUCAUUAAGUCCUAUGCAGCCAGUAAAAAAAAAAGAGAAAAGAAAAAAGUCAUAAAUACAGGGAGAAGACCAAGAGUUCCUUCUAUCACCAGUGUAAUCCAAAUCAGGACAAAGACUCAGCAGCACUUUCUCUUUUUCUUGUGUUUAUGGAAGUGUGUGUGUGGGUAGCCUCUGAGAGCCAUGACAGGUGGAUGCAGCCA